UGACUUGAGUCUUGACAUGUUUGACAGAUUUUUGACUCAUUGGCGAUUUUCGAAAGUUAUUUUAAAAAUAAACCUCGCGAAUUCGUAAUCUAAAAGUUAAACUCUGAAAGUGAAUUUUGAAAAUUUACAAUAGUUAUAAAGUGAAAUAAGAGCUAAACAGAAAUACAAUGGGUGACGGAUGUCAAAGAUGCCUUACGAGGGUUCCUCACGCCACCCUAAUAGCCACAAUAAUGUGCUGUUUGGGCGUGGGGGUGUUUUGUGGUACAAUGUAUCGAGGUUCUGCGCUUUCGAUAUUAAUGUUUGACGAAGUGUUUCACUUUCGAUUGAUUUGGAUUGAAGCGCUUCAAAUGAUUUUCAUCGUAGGCAGUGCUUGCAUGGCGGCGUUAGGAUUCAUGUUGCUGUGCCUCGGAUGUCUCACGACAGGUGCUACGAGACAAAAGGUAUACCGGGCGUGGAGAGCCCGUGUCGGCGGCCGUAUAUCAUGCGCAGUCUUCAUGAUUAUUACAUACAUACUAACAUUCGUAUGGUUAAUAUUACUUGGCUUUUUAGUUAUAACAACAUUCCUUUUCACGAUAUUCUGGAAACUCUGUUCGAAGCCGAAAAACAUCGAACUAUCGACUUGCAUUGACUUUACCCAAUUCGAUUUCAUGUUUCCGUCAUCUGUAAGGCAAGAAGAUUUAAGGAUUUGUGAGGCGCACAAGAUAAAGCUAUUUUGUAAAGAUUAUGUGGAGAAAGCUGAGUUUAUGUUUAUCCUGGCUAUGGUGUCAUGCUUGCUUGUGAUAUUGAGCUUGGUGCAUUACUUGAUGUGCUUAUCUGCGAAUUAUGCACAUAUCCGAGACCAUGAGAAGUUCCAGGAGUUGCAGGAGCUCCAAUAUCUCACCAACCCAGACUUACACGCUUCUAAGGAUAGAUUCUAGUAUAUGGCCCGUGCGCCAUUGCUGCGCUCGCUCGAAGCCACUACCAAGAUGUGACAAAGCAGAAAAGUAACUGCAUUUUAAAAUGUCAUAUUUGUGUUCACAGAUCAAAAUUAAACAUCAAAAGACUGAUAUUUUGUGAAUGAUGAUAAAACUGCCAGAACCCAGCAGUAAACAUUACACAUCAAGCUUUAGAUAACCAGCAGCUAUGCUUUGUGUUAAGCUCAAUGUGUAAUAUUUAAUGUAGGUUGCUGUAAAUUGAUUACUGUUUUUUAUAUAUUUGAAACCCAAUGUAUUUCUUUUUAUUUCUUGCUGCAACAUAACAUUCCUUUAAGUUUACAUUGUUAAACAAUAUUUUGACAGAAUUUUAUUUACGUAAUUAAAUUUAGUUAUUGACUAUGGUAAGCAUUACUGUAUUAAAUUUUUGUUUAUUUACACAGUCCAGUUCUCUUUGUUAGAAUGUAAGUAGGUUAAUAUUGAUAUGUGUUUGAUCUAGAUUCCUCCAUUUUCAGUUCAAGUUUAAUGAUAAAAGUUGCAUCUAACUACAAAUUAUUGAAGUCCUCUUGCAUAUCAGAUGUAAUAAAAGGCCAAGUGGGCUACACUUACAGCAAUACUUCUGUGAAUUAAAAUUAACAAACUAUUAUACUCUACUUGUGCAACCAAUUUUGCUCUUAUUUAUUUAUUUGUGUAUUAGCUUAAAACUAAAACUUAUACAAUAAAACAAUGUGCAUGGAGGACACUUUAUCACUACUGGAUAAAUUUCUUCCUAAAAUGUUUAAAAAUUAAAUUUUGAUGAUGCUCAAAGUGUAACGUAACUAACAUAACUUUAACUGUCUGAUGUGCAACUGGUGCUUAUUAUCUUUUUUAUUGUGUUACAAUACAGAAAGUUUAAAAUUGAAGCAUUGUUAUUGUAUAUUUUGGUAGUAUUUAUACAAUAGAAUGAAAAUUUUUGAAGGAAUUGGUAGUGGACUCUUUUAAUAUUGUAGUUGUAAGGUGUUUUAGGUAAAAGUAGUGAAGAGAUAUCCUCUCACAACGAAAGACAGCAGUUAUAUUAUGUAAUUAAAGCACAUUAUUUCUUAACCUACUUUUAUUAUGAAAUAAUGGGCAAUAUCUCUCAAAUGUUUUUUGAUACAAAAUCAUUAGAUAUGUUUUCUCUAAGAAAUUUUUCUAAGUAUACUUGCAGUAGUUUUUGAUAGGAUAAGAAUAUGUUUUCAAGCCAACUUGAAUCGUGAUUCCCAAUUAAUUGUUCAAUGUUUAGUACAAUAAAAUAUAGAUUAAGAGCUGCACAAGAUUUAUAUAACAUAGCUGUAAGUUUUUAAUAUUAGUGGUCAAUUAUGACAAUCUAUGACUUCAUUAUAUUGGUAGGUAUAAAGUCAAUCUUUUGAGACAUAUUUUACAAGCUUAGAUUUUGUGAAGCAAAUUGAAUUUUAUACAAGAAAAUUCCCACCUAAAUUUAAAAUUGCAGCAGCUAUUUAUAUUUGAUAAGACUUUAUUUUGGUGCAGUGAUACUUAGGUAUUUUUAUUUAUUAGCUAUAAAACUAGGAACUUUCAUUUUUGACAUAAUAAGUAUAUUGGUUUGAUUCAUAUUAAUCAUAUCAGUUUAUAUAGUUGUGAUUCAUCCCAGUGCAGUUUUGUAUGGCCACUUCUGUUAUAUCAGUUUAUUUAAUCAACUGCUUAAUUGCAAUUUAAGUACUGAUAUGAUGUCUACUCCACGAUCAACAAUUUAGUAUAAACUGCAUCAAAACUUAAUGCAGUUAACUUACUGUUGAGUAAUUAUUUUUAGUAAAAUUUUAAAAAUAAUAUUAGAAUAAUGGUUUUUAACUGACUAAUUACUGACUUGACUGUUAAAACGAAAUAAUUUUGAUGAGUUAUGACUAUUGUGGUUACAAUUUAAAUCUUCUCAUUUCUUCAAAAAUCCAUUAAUUGCAAAAAAUUAUCAAGUACAGUUUACAGCUAUAAACUCUUCAAGAGAAUUCUGUAUUAUAUAAAACUCUGGUCUUGACCAGUUCAUAGUAGUUGGAUAUUGUCAAGACAACUCAUUAGAACUCAGUUCAUAGUUGGAGUCUGUUGUACUUGAUGAUUUUUGCAAGUUAACCGACGAUUUUGUACUGUCCUCAUGUAUAUCACUAAAAGUUCUAUCAUUAAAAGUUUUUUAUCCUAACCAUUACUUUAAACCUAAAUAAUAUGAUGUCUUAGAAAAUCUGUGGCCUAUUUUCUAGAAUUUUUAACGAAACUUUCACCUAUGCUUAAAUACAAUUUUUAUCAAGCUUUAUUCUAGCACUAUACAUACAUUUAAAAGUGUUGUUUUCUAAAGAUAAAAUUUAGGAGGAUGUAAAUAUUUUUUACCUGUGGAAAACAUACCACCAGCACAAAAAUUACUGAAAAAGAAUAAAAAUAUUCAAUUAUCUUGGUUAUCAACCAAAUAAAGUUACAUCCUGCUAAAACUUAUUUUAUGGAAAUAAAACACAUCACAAAACGUUUAGAAUAUUACAUUUAAGAUUUUGUACUAAUAUUAAUCUAUAGUUAUAAGAAAUAAAAAGAAAAUAUGAUUAGCAUGGCUAAAGAUGACGAAAACAGAAAAAAUAAUUUGGUAUUGUUCAUUAUCGUUAGGGUUUUUUUUUUAAAUCUCGCCCAGUAAGUACCUACCUACGUUUCGUUAGUAUGAAUUAUAAUAUAAUAAAAAAUCUAAACUACACAUCUACCGUCAGCGUUGCGGUGAAAACUGCGAAAUAAACGAAGCUACGUAGGUAGGUGGAAAAAAUAUGUUAUUGAAACUCACAGAAAAUUAGAUUGUGCAAACUUGUACUAAGUAUUCAGGGAACUAACUUUACAUAUUGAUUACUUGUAUUAUAACGUUAACUACAAUAUAAGUAAUCACAUAGUGGGCCACUUGUAUGCCAGAUUGUAUUUUACUAGGCGACCGAUAUCUUUGUUACGGUUACUUUAUCAAUUAAUAGUUACAUACAUACUUUAGAUAAUAUAUUCUUGGUGUUAUUAUUACCUGCUAGUAUUUUUGUAGCUACUAUGUACGUCUUAAGUUUUAUAAAAAUUAAAAAUUUCGUUUUUAA